UCCAAACUCAUCGUUCCGGGAAGUGUUGCGCGUUUAUUGUUUGUGGAUCUGCGUUAAAGUCUGCGUUAGUCAAAACUCCAACGCCGUCGCUUUUUCGCCACAGAUGUCAACUUGGAUACGUUUGUAUUCAGGCUCAUGGCUGAAAACAUGAGCGGGCAUUUUGUAUAAUAAUGUUUAUAUUUUACUAAAGAUCUAUUAAGAUAACUGACAGACGGGAGGAAGGGAAAAUGGACCACGAAUUUGAGGACAUGGACUCAGAAGACCGGUGGCAGAACCUCUACAUAGAAAUACGGAACCAGUCUCAGGAAUGUGCUUACAAAGUGGCAAAGUUUCCUGAGAACCGCAACCGUAACAGAUACAGAGAUGUCAGCCCCUUCGAUCACAGUCGAGUGAAACUCGGGAACUCAGAAAACGACUACAUUAACGCCAGCCUCGUGCCUGUGGAGGAAGCCCAACGAAGCUACAUACUAACUCAGGGUCCUCUCAGAAACACUUGCGGCCAUUUCUGGCUGAUGAUCUGGGAACAGAACUCGAAAUCAGUCAUCAUGCUGAACAGAGUUAUUGAAAAAGGCUCGGAGAAGUGUGCACAGUACUGGCCCACGCAGGAGGAACACGAGAUGGCGUUUCGGGACACGCCUUUUGUUGUGAGGCUGCUAUCAGAGGACGUCAAGUCUUACUACACCACGCGCUUACUGGAGCUGCAGAACAUAAACACCGGGGAGAAAAGAGAAAUCUACCACUUUCAUUACACCACAUGGCCCGACUUUGGGGUCCCAGAAUCCCCGGCGUCCUUCCUCAACUUCCUGUUUAAGGUGCGUGAGUCGGGAUCGUUAGGGGCGGAUCACGGGCCGGCGGUGGUGCACUGCAGCGCAGGGAUCGGCCGAUCUGGAACCUUCUCUCUGGUCGACACCUGUCUUGUUCUGCUGGACAAACGGAAAGACCCGUCCUCUGUGGACAUUAAAAAGGUGCUGCUGGACAUGAGGAGGUUCAGGAUGGGUCUGAUCCAGACUCCCGACCAGCUCCGCUUCUCCUACAUGGCCGUGCUGGAGGGAGCCAAGUGCAUCAUGGGAGAUUCAUCAGUACAGAAACGGUGGCAGGAGCUCUCCAAAGAGGAUCAGGUGUGUGUGACCGAGUCUCCUUCACCACCCAAAUGUCCAUCAGAGCGCCACAACGGCACUCAGAAACUCCGAGCCGACGACACGGGGGAGACGGAGGGAGCGAAAAAACCCACAAAAGACGAAAGAGAAGCGGACGCAGACACGUGCACGGCCAACGCACGCAAGAGACAGAGAGACGAGAAGAUCUCCGUUUCUGCACAGAAGACUCCUCAGAAGCAGCCGAAGCCCAGGACGAACGAAACGGAGAAGAAGAGGAAAAGCCUGGGCUGCAUCUGCUGUACGUGAGAACGCGAGCUCUGACCCCGCCCCUCUCCCUGUCCCGCCCCCGAGGCCGAGGCGGCGCCGCGAGCCUGGGCUCAUCUGGGCGUCCGUGAACAAACCCAGGCUAGCGAGAACGACCAGCGACACCUAAUGCCUCGGCAACCACAGCAGGGAUCCAGACCAUAAUACUCAUCUACACUGUUUACAGCAUGGACUCGAGUGAGGAGCGACACACACACACACACACACACCCUCACCAGCAGAGCAGCGCUGGACUCGUGCGCACUGCCGGGUCUCGAUUCCAACCUAUUUUUUAUUUUCUUUGGAUUUCACAGACUCUGACGUAGUUCUAUGCAUCGCUGAUUUGUAUCACGGUAUUUUUUAUUAGAAGAUCACGUUAUUUCUGAAAUACUCUAUUUUUUAUAUCAGAAAACGACUUCGAAGAUCUCCGGCUCAUGUCCGCGACCCACGGCGCUUUUCAUGGUACUGAAGUAUUUGAGUAUUUUUGAUAAAACGACGCGCUCGCUUUGAGGAACAGAAAAAAAGUCUUAAGAAUCUCUUGUUUAACGAAACGACAGAACGCUCCAUUGUCUGGUUUGUGUAUCCAGUUUAUGU